ACGGGCUUUACGCUUUGUGGUCUGCUGUGCAGCGCUCGGACCAGGAAGCGCGCUAUUUUACGGAAGAGGACGUUUUGUUUACUGAACUCAUUACCAAAACAGCUAUAAAUGCCAAAUCACCCAAUUGGCCUACCACAAACUAGUGUUCAAGCUGUGCGUGCUAUACGCUGGAGACAAAUAACAAGCCAUGGACGUCUUCCCACAGGGACAUGUGUGUAAAUGUCAGAGGUUAUGCGCACAGGAACUUGACAUGGCACACAUACUCAGCCUGCGUUUCGUGAAUCUGCUCCACAACUUAAUUGGCUAUACCCUUGGUUUUUCGGCAUUCUGUUUUAUUCACAGCAAACAGUGCAUGAUGCAUUGUUGGUUCGUCUCCGUAUCAUAGUUGUACGACUUUGCAAGGAAGUGAUUUGUUUUAGUUUCACUAUGAUGACUAAAAUCAGCAUGGGUCUGAUGUAUCAGAGCACUAUGGAAGUGGUUUGCAGCUAACGAUUCCGUCUCCAGUUGGAAAGCAAGGAUGUUUAAAUAGCACUGGCUGGCAAGCUACUCUAGCAGAGAAUCAUCAUGGCCCAUUACAGCCCACGACCUCCUGGCCGUAAGCCUGCCGAAGCUCCUCAGUUCACCACCGGGGUUAGCGCGGUGUCCAAGCCGUCCAAAACCGUCAUCCGCCUGAGUGACAUCUUUGACGCCAAAGAGCCGGAGCGCAGGCCGGUCCCCAUCCGUCCCCCGAGCCCUCGGCCUCCGUCCCCCAGAGAGCCGGUCUUCAGACGCAGCCUGUCCAGCGAGGCCACUCCCAAGGCCAUCAUGAGGCGCCGGGCCCAGUCCCUACCCUCCACCAGCCUCAGCCGCCGCCAGCAGGCCCGCGUGCAGGUGCGCUUCGCCGACUCCCUGGGCCUUGAGCUGGAGGAGGUGAAGGUCUUCAAGGUUGGGGAGGACCCUAGGGUGCCCUAUCACGUGCUCUACAGGCUCCUGAUGAACUCCGAGCUCUUCUGUGGGAAGGACCUGGAGGUCUCCCUUCCCUACUUCAAGCCCAGCUUCCCGGAGGACGUGGCGGCCCAGCCGGGAUUCGCCGAGCGCCUCCGUGCGCAGGCCGUGUGCCUGGAGAGGGUGCUGUGUUCCGACAUGGGGAUCAUCGGCACCGUGCAGGUCCUCAACCUGGCCUUCGAGAAGGAGGUGACGGUGCGCUACUCCUUCACCAAUUGGAGGAGCGUGGCGGAGACCAAGGGGAGCUGGGUGACCACCGUCCCCAGUAACCCGCCCCGUCAGCCAGAGGCGGACGUCUUCCGGUUCCGUUUGCCCGUCCCGCCGUUCAUCCUACAGCCUGGCGCCACUCUGGAGUUUGCCAUCCGCUACCUGGCCGCCGCAGUGGAGUACUGGGACAACAAUGACGGCCUUAACUACAAGCUCUCCUGCGAGAACUACAAGCUGUCUGUUCCGAGGGAGUGCGAGAACAGCAUGGUGCACUUUAUUUAGCUCUCCACCAGAGGGUGCCGUUAGGGCUAUUUUGCAGUUUUGGCAAAAAAAAAUCGAUUUGAAUACACUGAACUGUGCAGUUGUUUUCAAAACGUUGGAUAAUACAUUGGAUAAUUAGUCUUUGUAUUAAAUAAUUGGUUGUCAGGUGUUAUCUCAAAAUGCCUGUCAAAUGCCUUUCCUCUGCAUCUUUUUAAGACAAAUAAAUUUGGGGUUAAUUGUGUGUUAUAAGAUGGCACUUCAGUAACUACAGCAUAAAACAACCGCUUGUUUCUGCAACCUUGAUUAGAAUCCCCCCUGACACUACUAUAAUAACUGCACCUCAGGAGAUAUUUCAUUAAUUUUAAAAGUAAACAUGAUUUCUGUUGUUUUUGGUUUUAAGGUUUCACGAAGAUAAGUUUAUUUAAGCUGGCUUUGAAUUAAAAACACAAAACAAGCCACAUAUUACCUUACAAGCAAUUGAUUAAGUAUGUUUUAACUAGCAGCGAUAAGAAACCGCAUGUAGCACUGCACAACGCGCAAGCAGUGGAUGUUUUGCAAUAAGAAACUGCACGUAGCGCUGCACAACACACAAGCAGCGGUGGCUGUUUUGCUCUGGUCCGAAAUGCCACGUCACCUUUUGACCUUUGUGUUGCCUUUGGAGUUGCCGUGGGGCUGUCUGGCAGCUGCUGGCUGUUGGCAUGUAAGUAUGGCGUUCAGCUGGGGUCCCUCCGCGCCCUCGCCAGCUGUACACAGUUGUAGAGAGACGCUGCAUAGCAUGGACAUGUCAUGUGUUUCCCAGAAUAUCCGAGAAUAUCUGCGCCACCAAGCCAGAAGAGCCGACACAUGCAAAUGCAGGCGCACACACACACACACACACACACACACAAAUGUAAACACAUGCGUGCGCACACACAAAAACAUAAACACAUGCACACGCACACACACACCU